AAUCUAAGCCCGCCCGAGUUUCCAAGGAAAAUCAGGAAGCGAUCGUAUUCGGGGCGGUUGUCGUGGGCUCCUCCAUCCGAUUCCUUUAGGCGGCGCGACUAUAAGAGAGCUAAGUUCUCGCCCUGGGCUUCUCUCUGCAACCAGUUCUCGUCAGGGUUAACGAAAGCGACUGAAAAAAUUAGACGAUGAACAAUAAAAGAUCUAAAGAAGCUCACUUGGAUAGAAAAUCUUGUAGUGUUUUCUGCAAUUGUGAACUUGAAUGCAUGGACCGAAAAGCAUCUCGUGGCAUUGGUUAUUCUACCAUAGGCUCCAGGCUUAAUGGAAAAACUUCAAGCUUGCAGGAUGAGAGCAGUCGAUGCUCUAAUCAUAUAAGAUGCAGCUCUGGGCUGUGCUCAACAGUGAGAAACGGGACUGAUAACAUUGGAAAAUUCAAGACUUCAACCACAUUUUCUGCUAAAGGCCUCUCCAUUGACCACCAAAAUCCUCUGCCUGUACCAGUGAACCAAUCAUUGCCACAAAAGAGAACUAUUGAAAAAAAAAUCAAUGGAAAAAUGAAAACUGACGUUUCAAAAAGCACUCCCAAACAGGUGGGAACAUCAUAUGCACAAUCCUCGCCCAGAAUUCCUAAAAGUAAUGAAUUUUCAUCUUGUUUAAAAGAUGUUAAUUCAAAAACUCUUCAAAACUUGUUAGAAGAUAGAACAGAAGUACCAGAAAGCUCCAGUGCUAUAUUAUCCAAAGGUACAAGAAAACAAAUUAAACAAAGGCCAGGAAGUGGGAAUUUUUAUGCACCUACGAUUUCUUCUACACUGCGCCUGAUUGCAUCUAGAGAUACCAAGAAAGCUAUUGAAAGUAGUUCUCAAGGUUCAGGAACCGGAGCAAAUAAAUCAAAUUUGAAGAAUAAUAGUUGUUCAUCAAUUUCAGAAGUUAUUCCAUCAGGUUGUUCUCGCUCCAUUCCUGUUCAAAGCAGAAGGGGUACUCUGGCAAGUAGGAUUUACGUUGAAGGAGAAUCUUCUGCCUCAAGAACCAGAAGCACAUCUGCAUCAUCAACUAGAAAAUUAUCAGUUCCUCUGAGUAGUAGACUCUCAAACGUGACUACUCUGAAAGCUUCAAGCACAUCAAACAGAUCAAAGAUAAAUGAUCUCUUGAUGGUCAAGCCACUGGAAGAUUCUAGAAGAGGGACCACAAGAGGGCUGCCAGCAAAAAGAAACAUGCUUACCUUGUGUGAUCCUUCAGCAAAUAUCGAUGCUCGUAGUUAUAAUAACACUGAAGGACUUGUAGAGCAUAUGUUAGAAUCUGAAUCGAAUUUAUCUAUGGAAAGACUACACUGCGAUGACCAACACAGAGAGAUGAGAAUGGACAUUGAUAACAUGUCAUAUGAGGAACUUCUAGAACUUGUGGAGAAAAUUGGCUCAGUUAGUACUGGCCUGACAGAUGAAGCACUUGCAAAUUGUCUCAAGAGAAGCAAUUUUCAGCUGGUGCGGUCUUCAUUUGGGAUCGCUGAUUGUGUUGAGGAUGGUAACAGGUGCAGCAUAUGCCAGGAAGAAUGUGCAGAUGGAGACGACAUUGGAGCAUUAGCUUGUGAGCAUUGGUACCAUGUAGUCUGCAUCCAACAAUGGCUAAAGCAAAAGAACUGGUGUCCAAUCUGCAAAUCUCCUGCAUGUGCCAAUAGCUAGCUCAUGGCUUGCUAGCCACUGCUACAGAGGAUUCAAUUAAUGUGUUUGUUCUCUUAACGGUAAUAAGCAACAAAAAAGAAAUUCUUUGCUGGUGUAUAGGGGUCUUAAAAAGAAAGCAAAGCACAAACAUUCAAAAAUGAUUUUUGGUAAAAAAAAUUAUGAAGAAUCGUAGUUGUGGUGUUCAUUCCUUAGCUACUGGACUACUGUUAUGAUAAACGUAGAAAACGGCUCUUUUGCAUUGCAUUCACGCUUCUCAAUGAGGGGCUUUUGGUUUGAUAA